AUGACUGCUUCCGUGCCUCUACAGAAGGUCGGCGAUACGGUCACCCAUGGAACCGUAGGACUUGCUACCAAGGCUGACCUUGACGCGGUCAAAGCGAGCAUCGACCAGCUCAAGACUGAGCAACAGGAGAUAAAGUCCUUGCUCAUGCAACUACUGCAAGGCCGCGCACCCGCGCAUCAUGCUGCACCAGAUCGCGAAACUCCAACGGUCCCUACGUGUGGUCUCAGAGUCAGUGAAGAUUCUGCAACAAAUGUUCCAUCUGAGACGCAGACCGACCUUUCCCAGCAGCCUACCGACACUGCAUCCGUCAGCGAAGUGCCAAUCCAUGGAACAGCUACCGAUACCGCCUCGACCACGGCUACGCUGUCAUCAAAGCCAGUAGAACCAAGCGUGUCUACGCUUAACGAAGAGACGGUCUCCGCCCAGGCCGCUGCUCAAGCUGAAGAAGACGCACUGUCGGAUGAGGAGUUGAGGGAACUUCGGCCGCUACGUCAGCAAUCGACACGUCUUCUCUGCAUCAAUGAAGACUUUCGCUUUAAGACUUUAGUCGGCUUGUACUGCGCUCUCAAGUCGAGGAACCCAGCCCAAACUUCAUCCCGGACCCGCCUCCCUGAGAGCCAGCUGAUCGAUAUGGCGCGCUACGCAGAAUUCGACAUUCUUCGAGGCAUAGAUCGAAGGGUCAUAAGGAGGCAAUUGGCUUCGGUCCCAUCGCUCAUACUCAAUGAGUACUCGACUGUUCGGCAGGAGAUGUGGAGCAGCUUCAAGUAUAGCAGCAACUUCUCCACGCUGAUCCACAGAUAUCAGCGGUCCGUGCGUGAUAUCCUGAGGCAGAGUAGACGAGUCACCCGGUCGCAGUCUCCUCAGCAGGUAGAAGCUUUCGUCGCCAUUCCUCGUGGCCGUGCUGGAUACCGCUAUCGAUCGGCGUCGAGGUCAAUGAGCGCUGACCAUGGCGGCAACGCACCGGUGACUAGUUUGGACCAGGGCGUGAAUCAGCCGGCGACAAGUAACAGCCCAUUCUCCUUCCCAAGCGCUGGUAUACAAAUCCCCUCCUCGAUGGCACCUGGUACGCUCGUGGCGUAUAGCGACAUGCUUAUGGACGCUGAUUUGGCCCUCCUCAAAGAGCCCACGUCGGCCAAGCCAUAUGAUAUCAAGCUCGCCAAGGAUCUUCGCAGCGGCACACUCGUCGAGUUUUACGACAAGCUGGUGGAGGCUAACACCUUGGUAUCCCACCUCAAGCACGACGAAGCCCUUCAGCAUGCGCUUAUCGAAGUCUAUCAAGCCAUGGGAACAGCGCCAUUCUGGAAAGACUACCUACCGCUUGAUACUCAGGAGCUCUUCAGGCUAGCGAAGCAAAUCGAAGAUGAUGCUUUUCGCCGCCUGCUAUUAGACGUGCGGAGUGGGAAAGCCGAGGUUUCACACGAAAACGCGUACAUUCGACUGACAGCGAGGUAUCGUCCGGGAACCGACGCCAUGGGUCUGAGGGAGUUCGCAGCCAAGGCUGCGACGUUUCUCGACCCGAUGGAGGUGUAA